UAGAGAAACAGUGAGAAAUGGAUCCCAAAGUGUAUCAGGCUGCAAAUUCGGGAGACUUCGAUUCCCUGAAGGCAAUAAUUUCAGGAAAUGGAGAGGACCUUUUCUACCAAACAACGCCAAAGGGGAACAACAUUCUGCACCUUGCUGCUCAACACAAGCAGGUGCAUUUCAUCGGACUUGUUCUUCAAUGUCCGUCAGGACCCUCCCUUCUUUGGCAAGUUAACUCUAAAGGAGACACUCCCCUGCACCUUGCUGCUAAAGUGGGAAGCCACCAAGUGGUUCGAGUCUUCACUGACUUGGCGAAAUCACUCCAUUGGGUUGUUGACGACGGACAAGUGGACGCAUGUAAAGAGCUACUUCGGAAGCCGAACUUGCACCAGGAUACCGCGCUGCACUAUGCAAUAAGAGGAUGCCAUAAUUGGGUGGUGCAGUUGCUGAUUGAAGAAGAUCCUCAACUGCGUGAUCUUACUAAUGCUGCCGAUGAAUCCCCGCUUUAUCUUGCAGUAAGAAGAGGAUUUACUUACAUCCCUGAGCUGAAUUUAGGUGCUUUCUCGUCGUCAUCCUCUCAUAAGGGCCCUAAAGGUUUGACAGCUCUGCACGCUGCAGUGUUUCGGUCAUCCACAUGGUUGUUGAAAAUCCUGGAGAAGAGACCAGAAGUGAUCAGAGAAGCCGAUGAUUCGGGGUGGACUCCUCUUCAUUAUGCCGCUAGCGCAGGCAAAGUAGAAGCAGUACGAUUGCUCCUGCGACACGAUACGUCGGUAGCAUAUGUGGUAGACAAAGGGGGGCAAUCGGCUCUUCACAUUGCAGCAUUCCGAGGCCAUGUCAAUGUCAUUGGAGAGCUUCUUAGAUCCUGUCCUGACGCUGGUGACAUAAUGAACACCAAAGGGCAAACGGCACUUCAUGCAGCCGUAAUCGGUGGACGAGUAAAUGUAGUCGAGUACAUACUUGGGAUGCCAAACCUGGAGGAUCUUAUAAACGAACAAGAUGAUGACGGAAACACGGCUCUGCAUUUGGCUGCGCUUCGUAAAAAAUACGAAGCCAUAUACAUGCUUGCGCGAGACAAGAGGGUGGACCGUAUAGCCACAAAUAAGGAUCAUUUGACCGCCAUUGAUAUUUUUUAUGCUCAUAAAGAGGUCGGCUACAGAGCGGCAAAGGUUAGACAUGUGUUGAAAUAUUCUUGUGGAAUCUCAAAUUAUCAAGGCUUGGUUAUUGAAUAUGUGAAGCAGAGGCUAGACAAGCAACAUGCUGAGAGUCAACGCGUUGUGUCUAUGACCACAACCACAGAAAGUAGCAUCGCCAAUCAAGAAAAUCUCGAUUCGUCAAAAAGAAGCAUAGUUGACCUUCAACUACUAGUAGCAGUGCUCAUAGCCACAGUCACCUUCACGGCAGCCUUCACGAUGCCCGGAGGUCAUAACAACGACGGACAUGAUCAAGGAAUGGCGACUCUUGCUGGCAGGGCGGCUUUCCAAGCCUUUGUGAUAUCUAACACCACUGCAUUUGGCUUCUCCAUCCUGGCGAUAUUCUUACAAUUCGAUACUUCUGUGGCUGGUGAAUCUGUGUUCCAACGGAGAUACACCGGCAUGGCGGGAAAUUGCAUUUACAUUGCGAUACUUGGGAUGGUGCUGGCCUUUGCUUGUGGUACGUAUGUUGUAUUGACCAAGACCAUCGGGCUUGGAAUCAUUCCUUAUGUCAUGUCCGGAUGCCUCAUGAUUGCGUACUUUGUUGGUGCUUCCCUUGACCCCGAGUCUGGACACGGGGGACUACGUGGCUAUUUCGGAAAAUAUGUCCGCAACUUCUUGUUUGAUUAUGGGAUACUCUAG